GAGAUUGUCUUCUAUCCACUUUCUCUUUUUUCAUUGAAACAACAAGUUGCAACAUCUGAAUGAACAUGGAAAGUAGCCAGAAGCUUUCUUGUUUUUAUUUUUUAUUUUAUUUAUUUUUUUCAGGUAAGAGUAGGUCUACCUAUUUUUUUAAGUUGUUAAUGGAACUCAAAAUUAACUAUAUUGUUGUGUGUGAGAGAGUAUUCUGUAUCAAAGAAAACAAACUCCAGCAUUUGAAGAACUUGGAAAGUGUCCUAAAAAUUUUUUGAUUUCAGGUAAGAAAAAUUACCUAUUUUUAAAUUGUUAAAAGAACUCAUAAUUAACCAUGUUGUGUGUGUAUGUGUGUGUGAGUGUGUCUAUGUGUGUUUGUGUGUUUUGUAUUGAAAACAAACAAAGAAUCUACAACAUCUGAAUGAAGGUGCAAAAGAGCCUGAAUCUUGCUUGGGAUGAUUUUUUUAUUUCAGAGCCAGGUAUGGCGCUGUGGAUUCAGGCUCAGCAGCUGCAGGGGGAUGCCCUGCUUCAGAUGCAGUCUCUCUAUGGCCAGCAUUUCCCCAUUGAGGUGCGCCACUACCUGGCACAGUGGCUGGAGGCUCAGCCAUGGGAUGCCAUCGACCUGGAGAACCAGCAGGACGAGUUUAAAGCAAAAGGUCUGCUGGAUGGACUGAUCCAGGAACUCCAGAGGAAGGCAGAGCAUCAGAUGGGUGAAGAUGGUUUCUUGUUGAAAAUCAAACUGGGACAUUAUGCCACACAGCUGAAGAGUUCGUAUGACCCUUGCCCUCUGGAGCUUGUGCGGUGUGUUAAACACAUCCUGUACACUGAGCAAAGACUUGUACAGGAAGCAUCCAACGCCAGCAGCUCGGGGUCAGGUCCGGUAGAUGGGACCUCUCAGAAAUAUCAGCAGAUCAACCAGACAUUUGAGGAGCUACGUGUAAUGACACAGGACACAGAAAACGACCUUCGCAAGCUGCAGCACAGUCAAGAAUACUUCAUCAUUCAGUACCAGGAAAGCUUAAGGAUACAGGCACAAUUGAGUAGUUUGGCCAGCCUUCCUCCAGCUGAGCGUGUUCAGAGAGAAUCGGGUCUGCAGAGCAGGAAGUCAACGCUAGAGGGCUGGCUCACACGAGAGGCCAAUACCUUACAGAAAUACAGACAGGAAUUGGCAGAGAAGCAUCAGAGCACUCUAGCUCUGUUGAGGAAGCAGCAAACUGUAAUCAUAGAUGAUGAACUGAUUCAGUGGAAGAGACGACAGCAGCUCGCCGGCAAUGGAGGACCAUCAGAGGGAGGACUGGACAUACUGCAAGCCUGGUGUGAAAAGUUGGCCGAUAUGAUCUGGCAAAACAGACAGCAGAUUCGCCGAGUUGAACACCUGACACAGCAGCUGCCCAUUCCUGGACCCACGGAAGAACUGCUCACUGAACUCAACGCUACUGUCACAGACAUCAUAUCAGCACUCGUCACCAGUACAUUUAUAAUUGAGAAACAGCCUCCUCAAGUGCUGAAGACUCAAACCAAAUUUUCGGCAACGGUUCGCUUGCUGGUCGGAGGGAAACUCAAUGUCCACAUGAAUCCUCCUCAGGUUAAAGCCACCAUCAUCAGUGAACAGCAGGCCAAGGCCUUACUAAAGAAUGAAAACACCCGCAAAAGUGACAGUAGUGGAGAGAUUCUGAACAACAACUGUGUGAUGGAGUACCACCAAACCACUGGCACCCUGAGUGCACACUUCAGGACCAUGUCUCUGAAGCGUAUAAAGAGAUCAGACCGCCGUGGGGCAGAGUCAGUGACUGAAGAGAAGUUUACGGUUCUUUUUGAGUCUCAGUUCAGUGUGGGAGGCAAUGAACUUGUGUUUCAUGUGAAGACAUUAUCCCUGCCUGUUGUGGUCAUCGUUCAUGGGAGUCAAGACAAUAAUGCUACAGCGACAGUACUGUGGGAUAAUGCUUUCUCUGAGCCGGGUCGAGUGCCAUUCGUGGUGCCAGAUAAGGUGCUGUGGCCACAGCUGUGUGAGGCUUUGAACAUGAAAUAUAAAUCGGAAGUUCAGAGCGAGAGAGGUCUGUCAGAAGACACUCUGGUGUUCCUCGCUCAGAAAGCCUUCAGCAGUUCCAGCAACAACCCUGAGGACUUCUGCAACAUGACUAUCACCUGGUCUCAGUUCAAUAGGGAGAGUUUGCCAGGCAGGAACUUCACAUUCUGGCAGUGGUUGGAUGGCGUCAUUGAGCUCAUGAAGAAACACCUGAAGUCUCACUGGAAUGAUGGAGCAAUUCUUGGUUUCCUGAACAAGCAGCAAGCUCAGGACAUGUUGAUGUCCAAACCAAAUGGUACAUUCCUUCUGCGCUUCAGCGACUCUGAGAUCGGAGGGAUCACCAUAGCAUGGGUUGCAGAAAACCCAAACAAAGCAGGAGAAAGGAUGGUGUGGAACCUGAUGCCCUUCACUACUAAAGAUUUCUCCAUCCGCUCUCUGGCUGAUCGGAUCAGUGAUCUGAACCAUCUGCUCUUCCUCUAUCCCAACCAGCCGAAAGAGGAAGUCUUCUCCCGUUACUGCACACCUCCAAACUCAAAAGCAGUGGGGGAUGGAUACGUCAAACCAGAGAUCAAGCAGGUGGUGAAGGUUGAGUUUUCUUCGCCCAAUCCUGAACCAUCUCCAGGGAAUUCCUUCAUGGAGCAUGCAGCAUCACCCACUGUCAAUCAACACCAUAACUUCACAAUCUAUCCAUCAAUGAAUGACUCCAUGUUAGACGCGGAAGGUGAAUUUGAUCUGGAAGAGACCAUGGACAUGGCCCGACAGGUGGAGGAGUUCCUUCGUCAGCCCAUGGAAACCCAGUGGAGCGGACAACAGUCAUGAUCUUUUAACCUUGUGAUCUCUUAUGAGAGCUACACAAAAACUCAGUGGUUACAUUCCAUAUUUUUAUCUUUACAAAUGUGAAAUGCUAUGUUUGUCAAAGCUGAUCAAUGGAUGCUUAACUGCCUUUGCAUUUUAUAUAUAGUUUGAUGUUUAAUUUCCCAUCAUUAACCCCCGAAGAACAAUAGACUAUCAGUUGCAAUAAUACACUUCUAUUUGACUGGAUAUGAGCGGCUUUAUUUUACUAGCCCAGUGUGGGUUUGACACUUUCAUUGCCCUUUAUCUUGAUUGUUAUAGUCGUGUUAUAAAAAUCUUCUUCAUCAAAUCUUUAAGUCCAGUCACACAAUUGGCUAAUUGAAGACAUUGAUCUUUCAGUAUUCAGUCUUCUCAAUUUGUCCACCUACAAUUAGAAUGCUUUACAGUUGCAUUCAGGGUUGCCAGGCCACGAAACAAAACCAGCCCAGUUGCUAUUCAAAACUAGCCCAGUCACAUUUUUCCCACGGUUUUCACCUGCUGAAAACACAACCAACGAGCGAGUUUCGCUGCCUCUCUAACAUGAUCCUGCAUGAGAGCACCCAAGGGGGACACAAUCACAAUUAUCACCUUGCCGGACUUUGGCCAGUUUCUCGCUGACGAUCGGUAACAGUUGAUAAAUUAAACUCCCAAAACCUGUCGGGAGUAGGGCCACAACACCUCCAUUCAAAAUGUGAAACAAAUACUCUUCUUGUUUGGGCUACAGUUCCAGUACAGUACAAAUCCCGGGAAUAUUGUCCAUAACAGAGUGAAUAGCAUCCCGUGUCUCCAUGUCCACUGUCAUUUUCGAUAUUCCCUAACCUAAACUACAAUCUUAAAUUCUGCGCUUACGCUUACCUUUGCAUCUGGGAGAUGGUUUGCUAUCUCAGACUGAGUACAGAAGUUAACUGAAAUUAAGCAGAAUUACGAAGUCUGACGUAGUCAGGCUAGGACUUGGUAGCCCUGACUGCAUUUUGUCAUUUAUGCACCUUGUGGCACUACACAGAAAAAUGCCUAUUGUAUAACUGGUGCUGUAUGUUUAAUUAGUUUUCUAACGCCUUUAAUUGUCUACCAAACAGGCACUCCUGGCUAUCCUGGUUGACAUUAGUGUGGAGUUAUUUCUCCCCAACAUUAGUUACAGCAUCCCCUAGCAUUGGAGAUGUAUUAAAUUUAGCACGUAAAUAUCCAUGCAUUCCAAACCAUUCACACUUUCUAGAUAUUAGCUUAUGAAAUUUAAUUGAUAAUUUUUAGGAUUUGGGAUUGGGAAUCUUAGAUCUUAUUGGGAAGCACUUCCUCUAUCAAACGGUUGCCGAGUUAUGAUCUUUAUGUUGUGUUGCCCCCUAUGGGUGGAUUUUGACACAAUUUGUUGUGAAUUCUUAAGGUUGUUUAUGUGUACCAAGUUUAGUUAAAUUUGAUAUCAUUAGAGCAAACUGAAGAAUCAAAAAUAUUUCAAUAACCCUUUUUUUUAUUUUA